CAGGAAGACUCUGCAGUUCCCUUAUCCAGAUGCUGCAGCAGCUGUAGCUGGACUCAACAACAGAAGGGGAGAGGAACCACAGGAGACGACUGGGUGUGAAAGAUAACUUCAUACUUGUCCAAAAUGGAGAAUCAUUCCACCACUACAAUGCCACUUACUUCGGAUCUACCUAACAAGAAACAGACUGUGUGUAUUUUUGGAACAGGAGAUUUUGGAAGAUCUCUAGGACAUAAGAUGAUACAGUGUGGCUAUACUAUAGUAUAUGGAAGCCGAAAUCCUAAGAAUUCCAAACUGAUUCCUCAAGGAGCCACAGUGUUACCCCACGCAGAAGCAGCAGAGACCUCUGACAUCAUCAUCAUAGCAAUCCCCAGAAUACAUUAUGCCACUUUGGAAAGGCUGAAGGAAACUCUCGAUGGGAAAGUGCUGGUGGACGUUAGCAACAACCUCAAAAUAAACCAGUAUCCUGAGAGCAAUGCUGAAUAUCUUGCCCAGCUGUUCCCAGAGAGUAAAGUGGUAAAAGCAUUUAACACAGUGUCAGCAUGGGCUCUACAGUCAGGAGCACUGGAUGCAAGCAGACAGGUGUUUGUCUGUGGCAAUGACAGCAAAGCAAAAGAAAAGGUGAUUGAUAUUGUUCGAAGCCUUGGCCUCACUCCGCUGGACAAAGGAUCGCUCUUAGCAGCCAAAGAAAUUGAAGAUUACCCUCUGCAACUCUUUCCUAUGUGGAAGUACUCCAUUUAUCUGUCCCUGGGCCUCACUGCAUUUCUUUUCAUCUACUGUCUAAUCCGUGAUGUAGUCUACCGUUACAUUACAGAAAACAAAGACAUUUCCUUUUUUAUAGCUAUUACUAUUCCAAAUCGAAUCUGUCCCAUUGUGGCACUCAUCCUUCUUGGUUUGGUUUACUUGCCUGGGAUCUUUGCAGCUAUUCUUCAAUUAUACAGAGGGACAAAAUACAGGCGCUUCCCAGACUGGCUGGACAAGUGGAUGCUCUGCAGAAAACAGCUGGGCCUGGUUGCCUUGGCUUUUGCUUUCCUACAUGUUCUGUUUACACUCGUCAUUCCUAUACGUUAUUAUGUAAGAUGGAGAUCCGACAGUUAUCUUCUCCAACAGGUAUUUAAGAACAAAACAGAUUCAUUUAGAACUGAUUAUGCCUGGCUGAGUGACUCAUAUCUCGCUUUCGGUAUCUUGGGCUUCUUCCUGUUUCUCCUGCUUGGGAUCACAUCCUUGCCCUCCGUCGCCAACAGUGUCAACUGGAGAGAGUUUCGGUUUGUCCAGUCCUAUCUGGGCUAUCUUACAGUCGUUUUGUGCACUGCCCAUACGCUGAUCUAUGGUGGAUCGAGGUUUUUGUAUGCUACGUCAUAUCCAUGGGGACUUCCUCCUGCUUACAUCUUCUCUCUCAUUAUCCCUUGCAUUGUGUUGGUAAUAAAGUUUGUUCUGAUAUUUCCAUGCAUAGACAGGCCACUUACCGCAAUUCGACAGGGUUGGGAGAGGAAACCCAAAGACCUGUCUGAGCCACAGAACCUUAGCGGGUCCUCUGUAUAAAUUCUUAGCCAAUGUACUGUGACUUGUAUAGAAGUGUGAAUAGCUGAAAAUGGCCAAGGAGUGAGCAAAUGAGACACACUUAAAAUGGCUCAAAAUUUUGAACAUCAUAAUUACUCUGUAACCUAAAGACAACCGUUCUUGGCAUCAGUUAAAUGAUCAUCUACUUUCCGUUCUGCCAUGGAGAACGUAUGUUUCUUCCCACAUUUGGGAUUGAAGGAAGCAAUUAUAACUGUUUCUUACCUUUCAGCUCACAUAGAAACCCACCUUGCACUAUUUUGUAGUUUUUAUUUUUAAUUUUUUUUUUAAAAAAAUUAUUUUCAUUCUGUUUUUAAUCCAAUUCCUUUUGCAUAAUUACAUAUUUCUUUCUUUCCCACCCCCUAUCCCCCCUUACUGUUAUGGCUGGUACUUGUGCUGUCUCCCUGAUGUAGCUAGGCAAGUACUAAUGGAUCUAUUUCCUAGUCCUCCUCUUGCACCCCUUUCUGAUGCAUCCAAGGGACUGUAGCUUGGCCAUUCUGGGAAUGUAGUUCUACAGUGCCUGAUGUUAUUAGCCAGGCAUCCAGCAUUUCAGAUAUGCCAAAAAGAGCCUUCAAAGUGUCAGGGGAAUGAGAUACUCUGCCCAUAGCUGUCUCCUGCUUGGCCUGGCCAGUAGCAGUGAUAAACAUGACAGCAGCUCCAGAAGCAUACAAUAAAAGGGAUGGGGGAUAGAUAAACAUUUUCCUGCCAGUUGUAGUUAUCUCUUCCCCCACUCCUGACUACUGUGAAUUCUUAAACCAGACUGCCAGUUGCCAGAGUAAUGAAGAGAUCCUUAUAUUACCAAAUGUAAUUAAUUUUAUUAUCAGUAUAAUGUGUAUAUAAUGACUUAGUUAUUUGAUUUAUUACUGUGUAAACUCGUGUCCAUGUGUUAAAGCUGAGAAUCAUAUUUUUAAAACUAAGCAUGACAGCUAUGAAUGCAUAUGAGCCAAAAGGCCAUAAGAAUAAUAAUUUUGAAUUAUGACUUGACUUCCUGUUCUGCGCCUUUUCAGAUGCACAUUCUAGUCUUAAUGUUAAAAGCACUUCAACCAUUGCACAACUGGCAAUGGCUUCUCAAAAUAUUUGUAUAAACAUGUUAUGUGAAAUAUCUAUGCUUGCAUAUGUAGAAAAGCCCUUUUUAAUAAAGGAAUUUUG